UCAUACUCCUUUGUCAUCCAAACCACACUUAACUGCCGCACAGACAGCUGUUCAGUACUGUAAGUUUCCAAAGCAUGGCAUACGUGUGUUUAGAAAUGCACCUCCCAAAAACAGUACUCCCACCAUUUUAUACAUGACGCCAUUUAUGUUUAACAUUACGUAGCUAGCUUACUGAAGCAUAUUAUCUGUGAACUGACAGUAUAUUGCUAAAAUAAUGAAAGUACUAUAGAUUAUUCCGAAAUCAUAAGAGUCAGUCACCCGUUGUCUACUAUUUGUUGUUUUUCUCCGUUUUGGUCUAUACUAAACAAGAGACUAACCUGGGGAGAAAUAUAACGAUUCCCAGUUAGCUAGGGAGCAAUCUUAUCUAACAGAGGAACAGAUUAGAAAGCAGCAACGCUCGUGCAAACACAACUUCGUUAGCGGCUGAUGAGCUAGCUAGUUAGCCGUUAGUGCAACAUCAAAAAUGUCGGAGGACCUUGAAACCGGGGAAGAUUCAACUCUGGUGAAAAUGGAGGAUGAUGGAAAGUCUAGCAGCGAGGAGCAGAUACCGACAGCUGCAGAGGGCAACCAGACAGGAGAAUCCGAGGGAUCAAAGAUUGAUGCCAGCAAAAACGAAGAGGAUGAGGGCAAAAUGUUUGUGGGUGGUCUGAGUUGGGACACAACAAAGAAGGAUUUGAAAGAUUACUUCUCCAAGUUUGGGGAGGUGGUAGACUGCACUCUGAAGCUUGACCCCAUGACAGGCCGGUCCCGGGGGUUCGGCUUUGUCCUGUUCAAAGCAGCUGACAGCGUUGACAAGGUGGUCUUACAGAAGGACCACAAGUUGAAUGGGAAGGUGAUUGACCCUAAGAAAGCCAAAGCUAUGAAGAACAAAGAGCCCAUUAGGAAGGUCUUCGUUGGCGGUCUUUCCCCAGAUACUCCAGAGGAGAAGAUCAGAGAAUACUUUUCUGCCUUUGGAGAGGACUGUCUUUGUGAACAGGUGGAGUCCAUUGAGCUCCCCAUGGAAACCAAAACCAACAAGAGACGAGGCUUCUGCUUUGUCACCUUUAAAGAGGAGGAUCGGGUGAAGAAGGUCAUGGAGAAAAAGUACCACAAUAUAGGACUAAGCAAGUGUGAGAUAAAGGUGGCCAUGUCCAAGGAGCAGUACCAGCAGCAGCAGCACUGGGGAGGUGGGGGGGGCGGCAGAGGGGGAUACUCCGCCAGGCCUCGUGGCAGAGGGGGACCGAAUCAGAACUGGAACCAGGGAUAUGGCAACUACUGGAACCAAGGUUACGGCAACAGCUACGGCAAUAACUAUGCCAAUUAUGGCUACAACAACCAAGGCUAUGGUGGCUAUGAUUACUCGGGUUACAACAACUAUUAUGGCGGAUAUGGUGGAGACUACAGCAAUCAGCAGGGUGGUUAUGGGAAGUCCCCCAGACGAGGUGGUCACCAAAACAAUUACAAGCCAUACUGAUGUCGCAGACAUUCCACACGCAGACAGGUAUGUUUAGAAGUCAACCACAACAAACCUAGAUACAUUUUACCUACCUCUGUAUAAUAAUGGUAUCCGUCUAAAUGUUUUUCUCUUUAUAGUUUUUCACAGCACCUGAAGUGCUUUACAGUAGUGGUAACAUAGAGGCUACAGUCUUUUUUUGUGACAAAUAAUUUUAACAGCCGGCCUUCUGCUGCCUCUUAUGAGCCAUUUUGUAAUUUUAAAGUUAACAGGUAAAGUACCACUACAACAGUAAAAUGAAUACCAAGAUUUAAGGAUUUACAAGGAAAAGAGAGUGAAAGAGAGAAAAGAAGAAUGUUGUCUCCUAACUUUGACAUAUACCUUGUUUGUACCUGCCAGCGGAGCUUCCUUGCAGGCCAUGAGCUGACCUCCCCGGUACUCACUGGCCCGCUCAAUGCGGACCGGGUACGAGAGGCGUACACUCUCGAAUGCCGCCAUUUGGUAUGGUCUUCCAACAUCCUGUCUCAGCAUUGUAAACCAAAACAAAGUGGGACAUACCCAGCUUUGUCCUCUUUACUUUCUAAAUUGGUUUAAUUUCUGUAAUGUUUUUUUUUGUAAUGUAAAAUGUAAAUACAAAUUAUGUAAUUUCAAUGUCAUUUUUUACAGGCCCUUACUCCCCUGUCAAGUAAUGGUAAAAUACAAAAUGAUACUGAGAAAAAUAACUACUUACUUUUCAAAGGACACAGCUUUCUCUGGAUUUUCCAGUGUAUUUUAAUAUAUGUAUAAUUCCUAAUGAUACCUGUAAUUCUUGCUUUUCUUUAUUUAGCUCUUGUAGCAGUAAUAGCCAGUAGUCCAUGAGCUAAAACCUGGUUUGUACUUGGAUGCCACUACGUUGGAGAAGUGCGUUAUUUUUGUACUUGUAUUGUUUGCUUGUGUUACUGACAGCGGUGGGAAAGCUUCUCCUUUAAGCAUUGUUAAUUUUCCUCUAACAAAAUUCUCUUUUUAACCUUUUGAAAAAGUAUCAAAGUAUUUCUCUACGUUUCCUGGUAAUUUGCAUGUAAUGUUUUUUUUUUAUGUGUAUCUUUUUGACCAAUUGAAAGCUUUACUUAUUGAUUUUUUUGUAUUUGGUCUUUGACCUCUUCAAUUUGUCACACUUCAGGAUUUCUAGCUUAUGGACUAACUUGUUUUUUAAUUCUUAAUUGUAAAAAGUAUUGCUAUGAAUAUUCCAUUGUGUUUUCUUAAUGGACAUGGUAAAGACGGGGGACUCCUUUAACAUGUAGUUGUAGCCCUACUAGUGUGUUGUAACCUUCAUCAUUAACCGUUUAACUCGUUUGUCUUUUUCAGGCUACGAGGCGAUGGAAAAUCAAAGGAUCUUCUGGAGGAUCAUUGGCAGACGAGGUGAAAUGUUUCAGUCAAGAAUUUAUUUUAUUACGGACGGAUUGGUUACGGACAGAGUCAAAGAAUUCAGUUGAACUACGUACAUAUAUUUUCAGCGUUGUAUUUGAUUGUUUCUUCUUGAAACUUUUAAAAGCUUUGCCUGUUUGUCUUGUGUUGUUACACUGGGUGAAACCAAUAUACAGUUACUGAAUUUCAUUGAUUAGUCACUUAUACUGAAUGAUAAUCCGUAUUAUGUUCCAUGUCACUUUCUGUUAAGUCACUGAAACCCUAAAAGAAAUACAAGGGGGAAAUUUGUAUUGGAUAAAUCAAAUUGGAUUGGUCAGGGCAAGAAAAAGGGUAUCAAGAAGCACAUGUACACAGGCUAUUAAAUACAUUUCUAUACUUCAUUGUA